ACUUAGGCCACGAACCUUCUGCUGCCCGAUCAAAAGACUUAGGCAACGAACCUCGGCGGUUGUCUUCCACGUGCGGCAGCGAGAGCGAGACGGGGGAGAAGGAGUCGCCUUCACCCGCACUGAGGCUCAACCGCUCCUGCUACGUUCAUUUCGCUGCUGCUCCGGGCAUUGCAUUCAUUAUCGAAAAUUCGAAAAUCGCCUUUUCGAACUUGUCGCUGUUCUUUUUAGCCACUGUUGCCAUUGUUGUUGCCAUUUGGCUUGUAAGCCGCCGUCGCGUGAAAGUGGUAGUGCAAUCCAAGCAUCAGGUAGAGAAACACACGCACACACUGGCAGCAAAGCUUUCAGCCAGGCUCCCUCAUAACUGACUUACUUUUCAAAUUAAUAACUGCGCUCACGAUCAGAAAUUUCUUCUUGAUUUAAAUGAAAAUAUUUUAACACCUUUUUUCAUAGCAAAUAAUAAAAAAAUAUGUCCGGCAAGAUAAUUUUUAGAAAUGCAACCCAGGACUUGUUAAUGAUGGAGUUUAUGAUUGCAAAUCCUGACUUUACCAGGGGAAUGGAAAACCGUGUUGUUACAGCCGAGAAGUGGGAAGAAUUACUUAAGGCUCUGAAUUCAGCUGGUCCUCCGGUUAAAACCAUUCAAGCAUGGAAGAAGAUUCGAGCAAAUCGGAUUGUUAGUAUUCGUUCAAAGCUUGCGAAGUCCCCAAGUGGCGAUAACCUGUGCCCGCUUGAGACGAAGGUGGCCUCCAUCUGUGGUUUGUUAGGUCCGCCUCAGGGCGUAGUUAGGAGCACCAGGAUCAAGAAGCAGCCGGUUCACCUUGUCCUGAAUGAGCCCCAAGUCAAGAAGAAGACCCUCGUCAGGCAGAAGCUCCUCAAGAAGAAGCCCAUCGUAAAGAAGCAGCCGGAUCUCCUUGUCCUAAAUGAACCCCUAGUCAAGAAGAAGACCCUCGGCAAGCAGAAGUUUCUCGCAAAGAAGCCCAUCGUAAAGAAUGAGAGCCUGUCGGACGACGAGGGAGAGUGGGAGGACGUGGACACCAAACCGUUGCACAAUCAGCAACCGGGGCCUAUGCCGAAGAUUCUGCAAACUCUUCAAACAAUGACUUCUCAGCAAGCCGAGCAUUUUCGUUACAUUGAGGAAAUCGAAAUAAGGAAACUAAAAGUGACCAAGGCCAUAAUGGAAAAUAUUGCCAAAAUGGUCAACAAAUAAAGUUCAAGUUGUAAGUUAAGCCUGAAUAUUAUUGAAAAAGUUAAUUUGAACUACUAAAAAUUAAUUUUGAAACUAGCAAGUAAGAAGUAUUUGAAAAUUAUGGAAAAUUAUCGUCUUAAGUUUUUUAAAGUUUUUGGACAAGAUUUUUUGAUAAAAUACAUAUAUAAAGUGGUUGAGAAAAUUAGUUUGAAACUAACAGAUGCUAUUAAAAACUACCAAAAAAGGUACUGUUAAUUAAGUUAAUUUUGAAGAAGUAAAUAAACAUUAUGAAACUAUAAUCUUAAGUUCUGAAAAGUUUUCGCACAAGAUUUAUAAAUAAAA